AUGGAGGUGCAGAAUCAGACCACAGUGACUGAGUUCAUCCUGACUGCCUUCCCUGCCCUCCACAAGCUGCAGGUUUUCCUCUUCGCAGUUCUCCUGGUGACUUACAUGCUUACUCUAACAGGAAACGGUGUCAUCAUCUCCCUAAUAUGGGCUGAUAAUCGCCUCCAAACCCCAAUGUACUUCUUCCUCAGUAAUUUGUCAUUUUUGGACAUUUUAUUCACCAGCUCAGUUACCCCAAAACUGUUGGCCUGUCUCCUAGAGGACAGGAAGACCAUCUCCCUUGCAGGCUGCAUCACCCAAACAUACUUCUUUUUCUUCCUGGGGACAGUGGAGUUUAUCCUGUUGGCGGUGAUGUCCUUUGACCGCUACGUGGCCAUCUGCAACCCCCUGCGCUAUACCAUCAUCAUGAACAGCAGGGUCUGCCUCCUGCUGGUCCUGGGCUGCUGGGUGGGGGCCUUCCUGUCCGUGCUCUGCCCAGUUAUUCUGCUGUCCAGGUUGCCUUUCUGCUCUAAGGAGAUUAAUCACUUCUUCUGUGACAUCGCCCCUCUGCUACAGGCGGCCUGCAUCGACCCUCAUUUCCUUGAGUUGAUAAGCUUCCUCUUGUCUUCCCUCAUCCUCCUGACCUCCCUGGUGCUCACCACCGUGUCCUACACCUACAUCAUUUCCACCAUCCUGCGCAUCCCCUCCGCCCAGGGACGUCAGAAAGCCUUCUCCACCUGUGCUUCCCACAUCACCGUCGUCUCCAUUGCCUACGGGAGCAACAUCUUCAUGUAUGUGAGGCCCAGCCAGAGUCAUUCCCUGGAAUUCGACAAAGUGACAGCUGUCCUCACCAUAAUGGGGACCCCACUUCUGAACCCCUUCAUUUAUAGUCUAAGGAAUGAAAAGGUAAAGGAAGUUUUGAGAGAUGCAGUCAACAAAAUUAUGUCCUUAUGGCACCAGAAACCUUGA